UAAAAACAGAAAUAAAUUGGGACUUUAUAGAAAUUGUUCAUAUUGUUUAAUUAAUUUAAUUAUCAAUGUAUAAAUAAUUGCAUAUAUUUACUUUAACUUUAUUAGUAACUCACUACUUUAUAUAUUUGUUUUAUAUUCCUUAUAAUUAUAAUUUUCCGAAAUAUUCAAGAUAUUUAAUCGGCCUGGAGAGAGUUACUUACUAUUGCUGAUACAAGUAUAUGAGAAGAAACGAUUAUAACUUCGAGAUCAUUUUAUUGCAUGUAUAUAAAAAAAUGUAUCUCAACAUUUUAUAAUGGAAUUUUGGAAUUCAGAAUGGAUUGAUCAGCCAGAAGAUCUCACUGAUUUACAAUAUGUAACAGAAUUACCAUUAGAUGAAGCUCCUCCAGAAAGUCCUACUUGUUCAAGAGGUUCAAAUGAAGGCAUAGAGGGUGAAUGUGAUACCAAAAAUGAAAAAUCUGAAGAAUCUGUUAUAAAAACUAACCCAACAAAUGUAUUUUUAGCUAAGAAAAGACUUCAAGCUUACAGCAAACAAGUAGGAAAAUCUUCUAUUAAAGAAGAUAAAGUAAUUGUUGCAGAAGGAAAGCAUGUGAAACUUCAGGCCAAAAAAACUAAAAAAAAUCUUAACUCCAAUAACAAAGCAAAAACAGUUCAUACAAGCAUUCAAGAAAUAGAAGAGCUUAAAAGGAAAGAAUUGGAAGAUUUUAACCGGCGAAAAGCAGUUGCAACAGCCAUUAGGUCUAUUAGUAUACAUGGAGCACCAUCGCCAGAUCGCAGUUCCACUUUUAAGCGGAGAGACCAAAAACAAAGGAACUACCGAAGAUCAGAUACUUCGAACAGAUAUUCUCCUAGCAUCGAUGUUUCCUCAGAUAGAAGAGGAUCUUAUUCUAGUUCCAGAGAACCAAGAAGUUGGUCAGAAUACAGAAAAUCUUCUUUAACUCCUAGAGAUGAAAAGUUUAAAUCUGUCUCAAAAAAGGACAUUCUCAACUUGAGUUUGCUCGAAAAACUGUAUAAUUUUGAUACGCCAUCUCCUUCAAUUGAGCCGUUGGUAGUCGAAUGUGAAAAUGGUUUAAAGACGGUACCAGUUUGUAAUUUAAAGAUAACAAAGUGUCGACCCCGUUUAGUGUAUAGCAUUAAUUCCGAGAAAAAUAAAGAUAGUUAUAUAUCAAGGGAGCAGUUAUUUCACUUAGUAUCGAGCACGCGCAAACAAGCCAUCAAAGAUGUUAUUAAUAAGCAAUCUAAGCCUCCACCAAAUAAUAAAACGGCGCAGUCGCAGUCGUGGUAUAACAAGAUGUGGAGGAAAUCUUCUAAUCCAGAGUGUAAAAUACUGGAAAAUUCUGUGGGCUUGUCUUUUCUUCAGACUUACUCCGACGAAGAUGACGAUAAUGAAACAGAAGAAAUCGUAAUAUGUAGUAGCAUUAGGCAAAAGCCAAUCACAUCUGUACAUCCUACUGUUUUUUCAAUCCAAAAUGAUGCUGUUUUAGACAAUAAAGAUUUAAAAGUUCAACGUGUAGUACCCGAAGUCAUAGUACAGAAAUCACCUGUAUAUGUACAGAAAUCACCUGUAUAUGUACAGAAAUCACCUGUAUAUGUACAGAAAUCACCUGUAUAUGAUAUGAUUCAAGAUGAUAUCGAAAUGUACACCCCUGAGAUGAGUCAGUCGGAAUCAAUACGUAACCAAUCAGAGGAUGAAACGGGCGUAUUAACACCUGAAAUUUCGUCCUCCUCACAAUUAUUAAAAGUUACACAAGUUGAAGAAAAAACUCCAGAAAAACGUCAAUUAGAUUUGGAACAAUCAGACACAGAAGAAAAAAUAAUAAAACAUAAAAAGAGCACUAAGCGAACACAGGAACAACCAGCCGAUGAAGAAAAUAAAAAGAAUACUAAGCGAAAACUGGACCAACCAGUGGAUGAAGAAAUUCCCAAGCGUAAAAAGAAGAAGAAAGUUAAAAAACACGAUUCUUACGAAGAUAGUGAUAAUUCUCAAGAAAAAAGAAAGAAGAAAAAGCAGAAAAAAGCUAAAAACAAAGAGAAAAUAUCGAAAAAACCGAAAACUAUUAGCAAGAAAUCGAAAAAGAAGGAAAUAUCUGAAGUUAGUGCAAAAAAGAAAAAAGAAAGCAAGAAAGAAAGAAAGAAAAAAAAGAAAGCUCUUAGUGUUAAUGCGAAAUCGCCAGUAAUGGACGAUUUACGAAAGAAGUUAAAAAGAAAAGCUAAGAAAAAAGCAUCGCAAAAAGUAGAAGCACCUUCGAAAUCAAAGUCUUCUGCAAACGUAGAAAUUUCGAAAAAAGUUACACGAAAGGAGAAAUCUAAAAACAAUUAUUCGGAGAGUGAUUCCGAAUCUCAUGUUGAACCUAUCAGAAGCUUAGAAAUAGAAAUUAAAAAGGAAUUUGAUCAGAAUGUACAUCCUGUGCAAGAGAAUACUACACCACCUGACAACAGUAGAAUACCAAGUAUCGUAAUUAAAACCGAACCUGUUGAUGAAUAUUUUAACGAAAAUCAAAGGGUACCAUCACAGAAACCUACUGAAUUCAACGAUAAUUGGGAGAGCGAAGAAGAAGAAACCCAAACGAUAAAACCAAACCUAAAUUCAGGAUGGGAGAGCGACGAGGAAAUCUAUAAAGUAGAAGAUAAAUAUACUGAAACCAGAGAAGAUGAGAAAACUAAAAAUGAUGAUGCCAUUCUAGAUCUGGAAAUACCCUUAAAUAUCAAACCAUUCAUAAAACGGGAUUCACAAAUAUAUAUUCCAAAGAAACCGCUUAUAAAUAUAGAUCCAACUGAUUUGGAGACUGAAAAAGCUAAAGAAAUACCCAACGAAAAUCAAAAUGUUAUUAAUACUCAUGUAGAUUCUACGCCUAAAAAAGGAAGGUGGGACAUAAAAAAAUUAAAUUCUGAAGUUCAAUCUUCAGAACUGAAGACUGAACACUAUCCAUUGAGUCUAAAUGCUUCAAAUAUUUUUGAGAAGGACCCUUCUUCUUUAGUUACUACACAUAAAGUGUUAGAAAACGAAUAUGAAGAGUUUAUGAAGGCUGUGAGUUCGAAAACUACUGAAGCACUUAACGUUCACCGCCUGUCUUCAAUCGAGAUUGACAUAAAUUCAACCAAGGUGCCCGAAACGAACCAAAAUGUUACGGAAGUUAUUCCCCAGCAAACUGUAGUAUCUGCUAAAGAUAUACCCUUCAUACCAAUGCCAGACGAAAAAAAACUACAGUCAACUCUAGAGGCCCGAGCUAAAAUCGACCAGGGAAUAACCUUGAACCUUCCUCCUUCAAAUAGGAUAAAUGUUCUAAUAUCUAAACCAACAAUCACAACUCCGCAAUUAAUCCAAAAUGAAAUUGAGUAUGCUCAAGGUGGAACUCCGAAGAAAAGUCAGUUUAGUUUUACUUCGUUAGUUUUGCCGACCAAGAAGUCACUCAUGGACAAUUCCAACCUAAAACUUGGAGAUUCUGAUGACGAGAAUAAGAAAGAAAUGAAAUCUCUCUUAGAAAGAAGGAAAGAACAUUUAGACCACGGACAGUUUGAUACGUUUAUACAUUCGAUUCGAAAAGACAGUGAGUUUAUAAAUCCUGAAGUCAAAAAAACUGCCGAACCGAUUAGUGAACGUCACCGCAGUCGAUCUAGAAGUCCUUUGAGAUCUAGUCGUAGACAUGAUGAUAAAUCGAAAAAGAGGAGCCCUUCGCCGAGAAGAGACUCUCAUAGACGAAGGGACAGUCCUCCGAGGCGAAGGGAUUAUUCGCCUAAAAAAGAUUAUUCUCCCAGAAGAAGAAAAUCGCCCGAUAGAUAUAGAGAUAAAAGCAGGCAAUCUCCUGGGAGAAAAUAUUCAUCAAGAAGAAGCCACUCUCCCAACUACCGGAAAAGAACACCUUCACCAAGGAGAAGAUCGCCUAGAAGAAGUGUUUCUCCUCGGGACCGAUCGAAUAAAAAAUCGCCUAGAAUCAAGGAGACAUCCGACAGAAUAGAAGCAGAAACGAAACGGCAAACAUCAUCGCCCUUGGAAAGACUAAAAAGGAGCGUUGCCGAUUCUACUAUUUCAGAUGACUCUCUCCUGCCACAACCCAGCGUGGAGGAAUAUACACAAUCACCGAUUCCUCUUUAUUUCGAUCGACUAAAGCAAGCGGAAAUGAGGAAAACACUUUCGGAUAACAACAUUCAGGUAAAACUCGCUAUGAGCAAAGAAGAAUUUAGGCCAAUAAGUACAACUUACGACAAUUUUUAUCAAAACCAAUUCUCCCAAAGUUCCUCGUUUUCUACUCCAGUGAAGUCACAGGCGGCAACUACUAAACUGAACAAUUUCGUCCAGAUUGGAAAUAUGGUUGAAAUCGUUCCUACAGAGAUGGAAAUGAAGACUGAUGUCAUUAGUAAUAUUAGGCCUGAGAUUAAAUCUCAAAUUUUGCAGGUAGGUAAUAUGCUGCAAAUUGUUCCCGCCGAAGAACUGCCCGAUUUACCACCACUUCCUCCUUCUCCGAAAAAGGCAGAAAUUUAUAUUAAACCUUCGCCUCCUGUUCCAACGGAAAAACCAUCUGCGGAAACGAAAAUGAAACAGAAGAUCGAGGAAAGCAGAACGGAGAGGGAGAAGAGAAGAAAAGAAAGGGAGGAGAGGAGGCAAGAGAAAGAAAAUAGAAGAAGAGAAAAGGAGAAGCGGAGGCAGAUUAAAAUGAAGCAAAAAACGGAAAAUAUGAUAAAGAAAGCUCUUCAGCUCGAAGUAGAUAGUCAGGACAUCAAAGAGCCCGGGAUGGGUGAAUUGCCAACACAAUGGCCACCGAUCCAUCUCUCAGGAAGUUCCAAGGAUUCGUUGAAUAAAAGUAUUCUUGUGAGAGGCGUAAGGUCAUCAAGAUCGAGGCGAAAAGUUGUCCAGUUUGCAGACGGAGUUAGACCAGGUGAAGGAACCUCGCCCUCUGCAGGAGAAGAGUUAUCUUCUCUGUCUCCUAAAGUACUGCCAAAGGAAAAACGAUACACCAAAACCAAAAUGCGGUUAAAACAUAAUAAAAAGAAAGUUAAGGUAAAAAUAAUUAAACCGACUGAUCAAAACGAAGAAAACGAUGAAGAUAACUUACCUCCACCGUCUCCGCCACCCGGAUCACCGCCACCUCAUAUAUUUCCUCCUCGUAUUAAGGCACCGCCAAUCGUUAACCACCCGCCUUACGUUUCAAAUGUCGUCAAUCAAAACACUAUGUUUAGGACGCCACCCGUUAAUAUGCUAAUGAUGCCUCAACCUACUUUGGCUGAUUCGCCCUUGCAAGUUCAUUCGUACGCGCAGUACCCCGUGCCGCCUUUGCCGCCAACAAAACCUCCUCCUCUUUUAGCAAAUAUCUUAGGAGCACCAGAUUCUUCCAGUGGAAGUGUUCAUCGUAAUCAUCAUUACAAUUAUUCAUUGUAGAAUAAAUAAUAAUUUAAGAAAUCUAAUAAAUUGUAUAGUAUAUUUAUUGUUUUAAGGCAUCAUAUUUGUGUUUAGAUAAUUUUAUAGUCAAUCCAAUUUUAAAUCGUGUAAAAAAUAAAACAUUUACCAGGUAAAGUGCUUA